GUUUCCUUCUUCGAAGUUCUUUCCCUCCAUUUGAGUUCCCUCGUACCUUUUGUUCACCUAUGCAUAUUUGGUCAAGGCACCUUCGCACGUCCCCCGUGUGGUGGACUAGGACUGUUCACGAUUACCCUGCAUAUUACAUGCUCUCGGUAUCAUCUUAUGAUAUUUGCUACUCAGGCAUUCUGUGCUUGGCUCUGUAUAUCCCUCUUGCUCUCUUCAAGUGAAGAGACAAGUAGAACCCACCUGGAAAUUAUAUUGGCUUCUCCUGUAUCUCAUUUUAUCUCACGUGUUCUAGGUCUUUCUGUCGUCCGCCGCACCAAAAUCAAUUUCGUCGCCGUCAUUUGCCUCCACUUCCUUGAACUAUGUGCAUUGUUCUUGGCAAAGUUUGUUCGCACCUCACAAUCCAUCCUGGGAGCGGUCCUGUGGGCACAGAUAGGACAAUGGGGGAAAUGUGCCACUAGUGCUUGGCAGUGGCAAUUCAGAUCUGUAGGGACGAAGCGUUGGGACACUGAGUACUUAGCCAAUAUUAAUAUACUCUAAGUGGCAUCAUUGAUCGACCACACGUGGUCAACGGAAUUUUAGGUCGGUGGAGUCGGGAAUCGGCGGGUUAGUAUUACGCGGCGUUAUGAUACGACGUUGUGAUACGAAUAAGGUAUGUUGCGCGGUACCCGUCCUCGGGACUUUUGAAGGUUUUUCAGUGACAAAUUAAUGUCGG